AUCUCGCUUGGAAGAGUACACAUCAAACCUGGAGGAUUUAGUGGAGGAACGAACACAGCAGCUGGCGGUGGAGAAACGCAAGUCUGAGAUGUUGCUGGACGAGAUACUGCCCAGGUCCGUAUCGGAUAAACUGAAACAAGGCCAGCCUGUGGCGCCAGAGUCUUACGAGCAAGUUACCAUCUACUUCAGCGAUAUCGUGGGAUUCACCUCUCUCUCGGCGAUGAGCUCACCUUUAGAGGUGGUGGAGCUGUUGAACGCGUUAUAUUCCAACUUUGACUCAACCAUAGACAACUUUGACGUCUACAAGGUGGAGACAAUCGGAGACGCAUACAUGGUGGUCUCUGGUCUGCCACUGCGCAAUGGAAAUGAUCACGUGCUCCACAUCGCCCGGCUCUCCCUGCUGCUGCUGCAGAAAGUUGCCCAUUUCAGGGUACCUCAUCAGCCUUCACACAAACUGCAACUCCGCAUAGGUCUACACUCUGGUCCUGUGGUGGCUGGUGUGGUGGGUGUGAAGAUGCCGCGAUACUGUCUCUUCGGGGAUACUGUCAACACAGCCUCACGCAUGGAAAGUAACGGACAGGCUAACAAAAUCCACAUCAGUGAAAGUACCAAGACACUGCUGGAUCAAGUCGGCCGUUUUGAAGCCAGUCUAAGAGGAGAAGUGGAAAUGAAGGUAGAGCCUGUGCCAUGCCAUUUAAUUACAUGUACAAGAACGGGUGUCGGCUUUAAAAAAAUAAUGAUGACAAUAAAUAAUAUAAUAGACGCAACCACCUCUUCCCCCUACCCUCUAUCUUUAUUUAACCUUUAAAGGGUCUUUUGUGCCCCUCUCUAAAAAGAUAAAUGAAGAAAAGAGGAAAUUUUUGUUUUACAAAAUCGAAAAACAGCUAUUUAACCUUCCCCCCCAACCCUUCCCCCUCUCUGUUCACUAAAAGAGAUAGAAGAGCGAAAAUCGCAUCUUUCUUGUUGCUGUAGGUAAAAUAAAAAAUUGAUUUCCCGUAUGUUCUUAGACAGAUGGGUUACUUUAAUAAUACAAAUAAAAAUGUGUAACUCUAAAAGAGGGAAGUCUGUAUAACUCUUUG